GGAUGUUUUGGGUCGUUCGUUCUGUUUGCGCGCGCGCACCUCAGACACAUCAAUACUUCGGGAAUAAAAUAAUGAAGAAGAGCUCGCGUUAUUUCAGUAAGGAGAGAAAAGUCGUGUCAGAGCUUUCACGAGAUGAUAGAGGUGCUAAAACUUUACUAAAAGGAAGAGGAAUCCGGAGAUUAAAAUGCGGCAUGGUGGAGGAAAGUACCAUUUCCAAAACAGGGGGGUCUCCAGAUGGAUACUGUGGUUUAGGAAAGUCAAAGGUCACAGAAAUGACUAAGGAAGACCCUGAGGAUGGCCACGCCCCUUUAAGAUCACCUCGGACUUUGAGGAGGGGCCACGUUAAAGUGGAGUAUGAAGACAAGGCGGGACCCUGCGUCAAGAAAGAGCGCUGGGAGCCGCCUGAUUGGAGGAGGCAGUUGUCCUUUAUCAGGGAGAUGCGGAGUGGACGGGACGCUCCGGUGGACCACAUGGGGGCGGAGAAGUGCUACGACCCCCAGGCUCCACCCGAGGUGAUGCGUUAUCAGGUGUUGGUGUCUCUGAUGUUGUCCAGUCAGACGAAGGAUCAGGUGACGGCUGCAGCCAUGGAGCGACUGCGUGCCCACGACCUCAGCGUGUCCUCCAUCCUCAAAAUGGAUGAGGACAAACUGGGCAAACUGAUCUAUCCCGUGGGCUUCUGGAAGACGAAGGUGAAGUACCUGAAGCAGGCGACAGAGAUGAUCCAACGCGAGUUUGGAGGUGACAUCCCAGACACACUGGAGGGUCUGGUGCGUCUGCCCGGGGUCGGCCCCAAGAUGGCCCACCUGGCCAUGGCCAUCGCCUGGAAACGGGUCUCUGGCAUCGGAGUGGACACACACGUUCACCGGAUCUCUAACAGACUGGGAUGGACUCGUACCACCACCAAGAACCCAGAGGAGACCCGUCGAGCGCUGGAGGAGUGGCUACCAAGAGAUCUGUGGUGUGAGAUAAACUGGCUGUUGGUGGGUUUCGGGCAGCAGGUCUGUUUACCUGUCUCACCUUUGUGCUCCACCUGUCUGAACCAGCACACCUGUCCCUCCGCCCACACUGCCUCACCAACCCGCAGGUCCAAACCUGGCUCUCCGCUGUCUCCCAGGGAGCCUGCUGUACUGCGAGAGAACCUGGAAAUAAAACUGGAGCCGUCGACGCUACAGAUCAAAGAGGAACCCGUCACCAUUCCCCUUUCGACGUCUCGUCCACAAAGGAAAAGGGACAGGGACGGAACUGACACACCAGCCAAAGUGAAAGAGCAAGAAGUGAAGACAAGGCCAAAAGCGCCAUGUACAAGAAGGAAAAAUGAAGACAAGGCUCCGUGUCCACAGCUACAGAGGAGAACCAGAGAGCGUAAACGCUGAUUGAUGAUAAACUGAAAAUGAUUCGGAAUGAAUCCGAGAGGACGGACUUGGAAAAAAUCUCUAAAUUGUUUCAAAACACAAGCGGUUUAUAGUGAAAACACGGAUGUGUUCGCGGUACUGAACAAGGCGUUUCAGGAAACACAAACAUUUCUUGUGUAUAUAUGGUUUUCUCAUAUGUGGUGUUGUGUGUUACUUUUAUUUUUAAAUGCAAUAAAGAAACAUUGAUUUUUA